AUGCAGGUAUUAUUUGCAUCCCCAUUCCUUACUAAUCCUUGCAUUCAUUUUUUUCAGGUGCUUCUACAACCACAGAUUUGGCGCCUAAUUUUCCCGCUCUUUCACUCGGUUGUUUACCAGCUUGUUUUAGCAGUCGAUAAAUCUAUCUAUCUAUCUAUCUAUCUAUCUAUCUAUCUAUCUAUCUACCACAUUUCUGUCCCUACGCCUUUUCACUAUCAAAUUUCUUUUUCACAUUCUCUCUCUAUGUGUCUCUAUCGCCCACUGGUUGAUCUAUCUAUCUAUCUAUCUAUCUAUCUAUCUAUCUAUUCAUCUAUCUAUCUAUCUAUCUAUCACAUUUCUGUCCCUACGCCUUUUCACUAUCAAAUUUCUUUUCUACAUCUCUCUCUCUCUAUGUGUCUCUAUCGCCCACUGGUUGGAUCUAUCUAUCUAUCUAUCUAUCUAUCUAUCUAUCUAUCUAUCUAUCUAUCUAUCUAUCUAUCACAUUUCGGUUACAAUGCCUUUUUUGCUUUUUUCUUUCUCAUUUCGGCUCUUCUAUCUAUCUAUCUAUCUAUCUAUCUAUCUAUCUAUCACAUUUCUGUACCUACGCCUUUUCGCUAA